AUGGUGAGAAUUGUGUUUCAAAAAGGUUUCAAAAAAAAAACAGUGUGAGUGCCUACAGUUUGGUUGGAUUCACGAAAGUUUUCGGCAAUUGGUGACGAGAAAGUAUGGCAAGGAUAUUUGGGAGAAGAUUGUGUAAGUUGCAAACUUUCGUCCUCUAUGGUGCCAUUCAUUUCCCAUCCGUUUUCAGCCACAUGGCCAAGUUCGAGUUGGGAACGGAAAACGAAAUUGCGCACUAUUACAACGACGAUGAGACUUUGCGAAUUGUGAAUGCAAUGGCGAAUGUUAUUGGUAUUCUGGGGCUUUGAGGGGGUUUUUUUUUGUUUCUAAACACGUUUAUGAUAAUUAGGAAUUCCAAUCGAAGAAAUCUGGGAGGCUUACGGCGGCUUCUUGAUCCAAUUCACGAUGGAGACCGGUUGGGACGAGUUGCUGAGAGCAAUGGCGCCGGAUUUGGAGGUGUGCCGCGCCCAAAGUACACGCAAAAAAAAACUAAAGCUCUGAUACCUCUCAGGGCUUUCUGGAUUCGCUGGAUUCUCUUCACUAUUUCAUCGAUCACGUCGUCUACAAGACCAAACUUCGCGGUCCGUCUUUUCGGUGCGAUGUCCAGGCGGACGGCACACUUUUGCUGCACUACUACUCGAAACGCAGCGGGCUGUAUCCGAUCGUCAAAGGUACCAAAGUGGCGCCGAGAACGCAUUCCGAUGCAUGCAUUGCAUUGCAGGCGUCGUGAGAGAGGUGGCGCGUCGAAUUUACGACACGGAAGUGGUGAUGAAGGUGCAAGAGCGCAAACAGGAGCAUUUGGACGCCUUCGUCACCGAGCACGUCGUUUUUGUGAUCACGCAGAUCGAGAAUGCGAACAGUGUGCAGAAGGCGAUCUCGUCAAAGUCCGACUCGCAGAUCGAUUUGACCACGGUGAGGGAUUGGUGGCCUACACGGCGACCAAAAGCGUAGAAAGGGGCGUGGGGCCUAGCGUGCACCGUUUUGGCGCGAAAUUCGAAAUUUAACCGCAUUUUUCAUGUUUUUUGUCAAAAAUUACCCUAAUUUUGUACUAUUUAACUGCAUAACUUUGUUAAACUAAUCAUCGCGCACUUUAUGAGCUUAAAACGAGAAGGUUUCAUUCAGAGAAUGAAUCAAUUGAAUCGAUUUUCAAUUUUUGUGCUGAAAAUGCGAGAAUUUCAGUCAUUCCACGGUCUCCCAGGGGGCGCUAAUGCUAAACACAGUGCGCUCAUAAAUUGCGGAGUGUCGUUGUAACUUUUGAAAAUUUGCAGGUCUAAAAAUGGAGUUCAAUUCGAGUUUACGACCUUUAUUUCUAUCUUUUUGACUUGAAAAACGUCUAGAAAACAAUAUUUUACUGAUUGGAAACCGUUCUUUACACAAUUUAGAGUUUUUCAUGUUUUUCGCAUUUCGUCAAAACUUCAAACCUUUAUAUUUCAGCUCAUUUUGCAUUUCAUGAGCCCAACGAACGAUAAAAAUGUUCGCUGAAUCUUUCUUCACAAAAUUCAGGUUCCGGCGGUUGGUUUUAUUGAGCAAUUUUCAAAAAUUAUUCGAAAAACAUCAAAAUCCAGGCCAAAACCUUCAAAUCGAAAUAACUCGGCUAAUUCUCAACGAUAUGGAAAGAAUGCAAACUCCCGUUGAAAAUUAAUUAAUCGGCCGCCGCGUAAAUCGACACAGCCCGUCUGUUGCAAGUGCGCCCCAUUGAAAUCAUUCGCGCCGUGGGAGACCGUGCAUUCUCCGAUACUUUUUGCCGUUUGAACGCUUAAAAUACUUGUAUUAACGUGCUUUAUCACUUCCGACACUCACUUCGUCUCAAAACUAUCCAGAUGGACCGGUAUGAAAAUUCCGAAAUUGCGGCGGAGAGCGUAUUGCGAAAUAUGCCAAAAACGUCUCAAACGCGGCGUUUUCACGAAAAUUUCGAUAUUUUCUCUCUUUCUUUGUCUUCUUUCGUCGAUAUCAAACACAAAAAUAGCGGAAAAGUGUGCUGGAAUUGCGGCAAUUUUCAGAAAACGCGUCUCAGAUUAGGCCACGCCCCUUUCUACACUAUUGGUCGUCGUGGCCUAGGAGAAAGUCAGGUCACCCAGCUCUUCCUUCUCGAACUGUGUCUGGCAUAGAAGACAAAAGUUAUGCAGAGCUGGUAGAAGAGGAAAAGCUAGGCCAAGAUGGGAGCUGGCCAAAGUUUCACAUUGAGAGUGUCAUAGUUUAGGGAAUCUACGAGAUCUCGUCCUCGGAUUUCGCCAUCGCUUUUCCGUAUCACAUCUGCUUCGACCCGGACCUCUUUCUGGAGCAUUUUGGCAAUUUCAUAAAGGUCUCUCACACUCCUCCUACUAUUCCUCCAUCUUUUUCCAAUGUCUUGCAGAAAACCUUUCCAAACGCGUGCCGUCAAGAGACUCGAGUGACAGAUUUGCUUGAAUUGGUGCAUCCGGAAGUGCCAUUCUCCUACGAAUCCAUUAAAUACUACAAGAAUUCGUUGUUUGUCUUUCGGCUGAAAGUAGGUGACGGUGGCCGUGGCCGUGGCCGAGAAAACGCAAACUCUUCCAGGGCGUCGGCGAUAUUGUCCAUGAGAGUGCGGCGGACGACGCGAAAAGUGUACUUCUCAAAGGAUCGAUGGUGUUCAUCGACGAGGGAAAGUACAUUUUGUACAUGUGCUCCGUCAACGUCACUACAGUAAUCGGGGGAAAAAAUUCCAGAUGCUUCUACUUGUACAGUAAUCGUUCUAGGUCCGUGAGUUGAUCGAACGCAACCUUCAUCUGUCGGAUAUGCAACGUCACGACGGUACGCGUGACGUCAUCAUGUUGAAUCAGAGCAGAAUGAGUCAGGUGGAGCUGAAGUGA